AUGAGUGCUAAACUUCCCCCGCCCACUCAUCGCAAGCGCGUCUUGCCCCAGGGUGAGCUGGAAGCCGCGUCGAUUCUCAAGCUCGGCGAGGAUCAAGACACCCCCACCCUGAGCUUGUCUGAGGCCCGCCUCAUUAUUCGCAAGCUACAGGAGAAUAAAAAGAAAUCCGGUCAAAACCGUGAAGAACCUGAGAAUCUCACUCAAACCAUGGAAUAUCUUGAGGUUUUUGCCCGCUUCAAGGACGAGGAGAGCAUCAAGGCAGUCGAGCGCGUUCUGAAUGCCUACCCUGAGUUGCUGAAAUUUGAAAAGGCGCAGCUAGCCCGUGCUUCAGGAAGUCUGUGCUGCGACAACGCUGAAGAAGCCAAAUCUCUUAUCCCUAGCUUGCAAAACAAAAUUGCCGACGCCGAUCUGCAGGAGAUGCUUGAUGAAAUCACCAAGUUGCGCAACUUUUCCGAAUAA